AUUUUUUCAAGGACGGGAGUCAUUGAGGAUUGUGGUUUUGGCGGCUUCAUAAUGACAGAGGUUCUACCGAUUUCUUUGGUGAAUUUCAAUGCAGAUAGUGGUUAUUUAGAAGGUCUAGCACGUGGAAUUAAGGGUGGACUUCUAAAGCAAGCUGAUUACCACGUGCUAGUACAGUGUGAAACAUUGGAUGACUUAAAGCUCCACCUGCAUGAUACUGACUAUGGGGAAUUUCUUGCCAAUGAACCUGGACCUUUGACUGUGGGGAUCAUUGAAGAAAGAAUUCGCGAAAAGUUUGUGUCUGAGUUCCGACACAUACGCAACCAAGCUGUAUACCCAUUAUCUUUAUUCUUGGAUUACAUCACAUACAGCUAUAUGAUUGAUAAUAUCGUGCUUCUGAUAACAGGGACUCUCCAUGGAAGACCGAUAUCCGAACUUAUGACUAAAUGCCACCCUCUUGGAACAUUUCUGGAAAUGGAAACCCUGAAUAUUGCAACUAACCCAGCUGAGUUAUACAAUGCUGUACUCGUGGACACGCCUCUAGCUCCAUUCUUUAUUGAUUGUAUUUCGGAGCAAGACUUAGAUGAACUUAAUAUAGAGAUAAUACGUAACACUUUGUACAGGGCGUAUAUUGAAGAUUUUUAUGCCUUCUGUAAGUCACUGGGUGGAAUUACUGCGGAGGUGAUGUGUGAGUUGUUGGCAUUUGAAGCUGACAGAAGGGCGUUUAUCAUAACAAUCAAUUCAUUCGGAACAGAACUCUCAAACGAAGAUAGAUCCAAACUUUAUCCUCGCUGCGGAAAACUUAACCCUGAGGGGCUUGUUCAGCUUGCUAAGGCUAACGAUUACGAACAAGUAAAAUCCGUUGCAAGGUACUAUUCGAUCUUACGUCAAAAUUAUGAUUCAGUACUAUCCCAGACAAGCCAAGAAAUUUGUCAUUUUCAAUAAUUGUUACUAUCUACAACAAUGCUGUAACUCAUUUUUACCAAUUUUAUCACUACUCCGAUGCUCUCCGUCCACUCAGUGGAAUCUUGCGGACACUUGUGAUUUGGAAUGUUAUUAUACUCAGAUACCUAUCAAACUAUUCCUCCUUGUUUGAAGAAACUGGCGAGGGCUUUGGAGAUAAGACAUUAGAAGAUAAAUUCUUUGAAUAUGAAGUCCAAUUGAAUGUAGAUGCCUUCUUACAGCAGUUUCAUUAUGGUAUAUUCUAUGCCCUUCUUAAAUUAAAGGAACAAGAAAUGAGAAACAUUGUUUGGAUUGCGGAAUGCGUUUCUCAACGUCAUCGUACCAAAAUUGACUCUUAUAUCAAUAUUUUAUGACAUGAAUAUGAUGUUUUGUUGGAAAACUAUUCCACGCUUAAAAUGCGUUCUAAGCAUAAUGUUUUUGACUAUUAUAUCUUACUUUGGAUUUAUUUAUAAUUUAAACUCGUUAAAAAUUUACGUAAAUUAUUUUUUCUGUAUGAUUAAUUCCAAGUGAUUAUCAAAACGUUUAAGUCGUCUGAAUCAUUAAUAUCAAUUUUGAGAUUUCCUUUCGCAACUAUCAUUUUACUUGGAUACUUUCAUUCUUUCUCCUAACACCUGGUUCUUUGUUAAUGUUGUGUUGGAAUGUCAAUAAGCUAUGUUGCAGUUCUCUGAAUUUUGUUUAACUAGGUUUGUACUUUAAGUGUCACACUAGUUGUUAGUGACGUGAAUUAAUUAUAUUAACUUCUAGUACAGUAAACACCUAGUUUUUAAACUAAGAUUUUUUCACAUGCAUUUCCAUUAAUUACUGAGUUUCAGUUUUUAUGUGAAGAAAGUCUCUGUUUCUGUUUGUCAACACCUGAGAUGUAACUCGACGGAAGCAGGUCAAUAUCAUCAUGAGUGAUGUCUGCUUCUUGAUGGGAAAUCAAGAUAUUUCAUCGUUGCUUAACAAUAAAUUUGUGUUUUAUC